AAUGGAUUAUCGUACCCGACUAUGUUCACAAAAACUCGAACACUUCGGAAGUUAUCACUUUUGGUCUGUAAAGAACUCUAGUACCCAUAAAAAAAUACUUUAUGUAGUGGCAUUUUUAUAAAACAUACCAAUGGAGCUUUCGCGCCUAAGAGAUAAUAUCUCUGUUGGGAAGCUAAUAUUAUUAGCUUCCCAACAAAAGGCAUAGUUUGAUGACUUCAAAAGAGAUCUGGAAACAGUUAUCGAUAAAGUCGAUGGUAUUUUGUCAAUAUGAAGGCGUUAGCAAAAUUAAUGAUCACUUCGCCAUGUGUGAAUGCCUUCGCGAAGAAUUUUCUUUUCAGCCAGCAAAAAAAAUUGGAAAAAGCAGCAAAGUUGCUAUGUCGGGUGUAGCACGGCUUCAACGAUUGUCCUGAAUAAACAAGGACAUAUAGAUUCAUGACAAGUGUUGCAUAUCAGGGGCAAGAUCAUACCCCGCAGUGCGAAGGGUAUAUGUUGGUAUUCAUCGUUGCUUUUCGGAGAAAUUAGUUUGUAAUCUUAUUAAGUGUUUGGCCUCCAAAAUGACAUGAUUUCAGUCGCAAAAUCUAAUAAAUCAUCUCAACC